GACCAGAGUCUGUGUCUCUAUAAGAAGCAGCUCGUCCUGUCUCCUCCCGUCUCCCCUGCAGCUCAGACUCAACCCACACAAUGUCUCUGUGCCCCCCUGCCCUGCUGCUGUUGGCCCUGGCCUGUCUGGCCCGGUUCGGCUCGCCUCAGCCUGUGGACAACUUGGCUGAGCUGAAGAAUGUCCGGGCCGCCCUCGACGAGCUGAAGGCCGAGAGACGAGUGAUGAGCGAGCGUCUGGAGGCGGCUGAGAGGGAACUGAAGAGAGUCCAAGAAACACCUAAAGUUGCAUUCGCUGCCUCGCUGGGAGGAAACGGCCUCGUGAAGACAACCAACGGCAACAAAGACCUCAUCUACAGGGACGUCCUGACCAACGUGGGCGGGGCUUACAACGCUGAGACAGGUGUGUUCACCGCACCUGUUCGUGGAGUCUACUACAUUCGCUUCACAGCCAACGCUCCCACCAACUACCCCAUGAGCGCUGUGCUCUACAAAAACAACAACGCUAUCCAGCUCAUCGCCCACGAGCAGCCGUCCGGCGAGGGCAGUGACACGGCGUCCAAUGGCGCCGCCCUGCUGCUGGAGCAGGGCGACAAGCUGAAGAUGGUGCUGUGGCACGAGACUCAGAUCUGGGACAACAGCAACCACCACAGCAUCUUCAGCGGCUUCCUACUCUUCCCCAUGGUGGACGAAGCCCCGACAGAGACGGACACUGAAGCUGAACUGAAAUCUCUUCAGGCUUCACUGAAGCAGCUUCAGACUGAAGACCUGGGAAUCAAAGAGAGACUGGAGUCCACAGAGAGGGAGCUGAAGGCCAUGAGAGACGUACCAAAGGUGGCGUUCGCAGUUUCCCUCGGAGGUAACGGUCUCCAGAAGACGACGUCAGGAAGCAAAACGCUCAUCUACAAAACCGUCAUGACCAACAUUGGACAGACGUACAACUCUGAGACAGGUGUGUUCACUGCACCUGUUCGUGGAGUCUACUACAUUCGCUUCACAGCCAACGCUCCCACCAACUACCCCAUGAGCGCCGUGCUCUACAAAAACAACGCCGCCAUCCAGCUCAUCGCCCACGAGCAGCCGUCCGGUGAGGGCAGCGACACGGCGUCCAACGGCGCCGCCCUGCUGCUGGAGCAGGGCGACACUCUCUCCAUGCAGCUGUGGCACGAGACUCAGAUCUGGGACAACAGCAACCACCACAGCACCUUCAGCGGCUUCCUGCUCUUCCCCAUGUGAGGACGCACAUGGACCGAACCAGAACUGGUGUCUGGUGUCUCCUUCAAUCAUCAUCGUCUGAAAAACUGUUUUCUCUUUGUUGUCGUGUGACGUCUCAGGUGACUGAGCAGACACCUCACGACUCAUAAAUAAAAACGU